UGAGAGGGGUAGGUGAGAGGGGUAGGUGAGAGGGGUAGCCACUGCUGAUUACAACGUGGAAGCGUACUCAGUGGCUGGCCCUGGUAAGAAUCAGACGACUGAACAUUGUCAAGGUGAGGUCAUCCACACGUGAGCAGCAUCACUCCUCCUCACUGAUCAUGGCCAACAAAGUCGCUCUCACAUCACUCGUCACUAUGACAACUAAACAUCUCAGUUCAGGAUCAUCCUGCCCUCCACUGGAAGAUGGAGUCAUGCGGGUUUACAGCAUGAAGUAUUGCCCUUAUGCCCAGCGAACACAUCUUGUUCUUGCUGCCAAGAACAUUAAACACGAAGUUGUUUAUGUGAACUUGAAGAACAAACCGGAGUGGCUGUUUGAGAAGAAUUCCCUGGGUAAAGUUCCAGUCCUGCAGAUAAAUGAACAUUGUUUGUUCGAGUCGUUGAUAACUUGCGACUACCUGGAUGAAGUCUACCCUGAGCCUCCACUCUACCCUGCUCAACCUUUAAAAAAAGCUCAAGAUCGAAUGUUUAUUGAGCUCUGGUCACAGAUAAGUGCAGCCUUACUUAAGUUGUACUUCUCAAAGAAGGAUGAACAGAUUAUGAAAAAGUCCUGUGAUGACAUCAAAUCUGGACUUGAUGUGUUUGAGACAGAGCUGACAAAAAGAGGCACUAAAUUCUUUGGUGGAGACACACCAGGUAUGUUGGAUUACAUGAUCUGGCCAUGGGCAGAGAGGCUUCCUAUGGUAGAAAUGAUAGCGAGAAACAAUGGUGUCCUCACCCAGGAUAGGUUCCCUAAAAUGUUGCCUUGGAUGGUUGAUAUGAUGGAAGAUAAUGCAGUCAAGACUGUGUAUCUGCCUCCUGAAGCCCAUUUAAAGUUUUUAACAACUUUAGACCCAGACAACUCAAGAUUAAGAAGCUUUUUGUAAUCUCAUUAAUGACCGAAAGUGACAUUUCAUAAGACACUUUGGUUUUGACCAAAAUUUUUAAUCUUGCAUGUUUACUAUUAACAACACUUAGCAAUAGUAACAUACAUAUUUGAAGACACAUAUUUGAUUAAAAAAAUAUAUUUUUAACAUCACCACUGUGCAUUGCACUUGACCAUAGCAUAAACAAUCUCACAAUGAACAAUCCACUAUAUAAAUAUUCUCAUCAUUAUUUAUUACACGAACCAUGAUAUAUAUACAGUGGAACCUCUGCUUACAAGUUUAAUCCAUUCCGUGAGCUAGCUCGUAACCCGAUCUCCUCAUAUGAUGAGUCAAUUUUCCUCAUUUAAAUUAACUGAAAUGUAAUUUAAAAAAUCGAUCGAGCGACGGCUCUUAUCGUGAAAAACUCGCAUGGUGGGGCCCUCGCAUGGUGGGGCACUCGCAUGGUGGGGCCCUCGCAUGGUGGGGCACUCGCAUGGUGGGGCACUCGCAUGGUGGGGCGCUCGCAUGGUGGGGCGCUCGCAAGCAGAGGUUUCACU